CGGCCACUUACUUACUACCUUAGCUUAAUUAGCUUUCUCCAUAUGAUCUCAGAGACCGACCCCACAAACAAGCUAGCUAGCUAAAGAUUUAUAGAAGAUCGAUCGACCAGAACGAAAGCCGCAAAAGAUCCAUCGAAACGAAGUUAUAAGCUAGCUAUACUACUAUCCAUCCAUAUGUAUUAAAGUUAUUAGGUAGGCAGGGUGAGGCGGGCGGAGCGAUGAGCUUUGGCGGCAGUGGGGGUGGGGGGCCAUGCGGCGCGUGCAAGUAUCUGAGGAGGAAGUGUGUGAACGGGUGCGUGUUCGCGCCCUACUUCGAGUCGGAUCAGCUGGGCACGGCCCACUUCGCCGCCGUGCACAAGGUGUUCGGCGCCAGCAACGCCUCCAAAAUGCUGAUGGCCAUUCCCGACAACCGCCGCCUUGAAGCCGUCGUCACUCUCUGCUACGAAGCCCUCGCUAGGGUUAGAGACCCCGUCUACGGCUGCGUCGCCCACAUCUUCACUCUCCAACACCAGGUUGUAAAUUUGCAAGCAGAGUUGGCUUAUGUUCAAGCGCGGCUAUCAGCGGUCCGUCACCAGCAGCGGCAGCUUCCAGAGGGAUCUUGUGAGAUGACUUUAGGCAAGGGGUUGGCGGCCGCUUCUCUUGAAGUAGAAGUACUCCCACACAACUCAGCCGCCGGUGGGGACGACGUAUCAUUACCCUGCGGCAGCAUUGAUCCUCCGACGUUGGACCACACACCAAUUCCAAUUCCAACCUCUACAAGAGGCGGCGGCGGAAACCAUUCCCAUGAUAAUGAACAACAAGUGGUGGAUAUGCAGGUUACUUCGGACCUCCACAUGUUAGCUUGGGAAUUCGUGUCUAAGCACUUGCCAGCCGCAGGUGUCACAUUUCGGCCUUCACAAUAAUUAAUUAACCAACUCCGGCCGGCCAUCACAUUUUGAUUAAUUAAGCUAUCAAUCCAUAUACGCACGUAGUAGUACGUACACUAUACAUUGUACCCAAAUUUAACGUACGCAUAACUCAUCGAUCUUCAUAUAUACAUCGAUCUAGAUAGCUAGCUAUAGCUACUUAAAUUUAAUUACUGAGCUAGCUAGCUAGCUACCUAAGCUACAUCGACUACAUUUUUUGUCAAAGUUUA